AUGGCUUUUGAUCGUCCUCGAGGCCGUUCUUCAUACUCUGGCGGAGGUGCAAACAGACAGGGAUCUUACCGUUCCGAUGACUUUGGACCGCCUGCUGAAAUACUAGGUAUGUGUUUCACCAUCAAACCUUCGGAGGGCAUUUUGGCCACCUCUUUUAAACCCACGCAGAAAAUAUUUAUUGGAACAGAUAAGCUGUUGCCGCUAGAGCGCUUUUUGCCAAAACCCAAAUCCGCCACCCCAUCUAUUGGUUCCAAAAGAAAGGCACCAGGAGCAGGGGGAAGCGCUCGCGGAGGCGCGGCACGUGGUCGUGGCGGAGGUAGCGGGUUUCGCGGUGGAAGCGGUGGGUUCCGUGGGGGAUCUCGUGGAGGCUCUCGCGGCUUUAGUUCUCGCGGUAGCCAAGGAGGAAGUAGAGGGGGCUCUCGAGGCGGCAGCGGCUCCUUCCGUGGGUCUAGCCGUGGACGAUAUUAA